CCCGCGCCCGCCCGCGCCUGCCAGCUGCCCUCCGAGUGGAGGCCCCUGAGCGAGGGCUGCCGCGCCGAGCUGGCCGAGACCAUCGUGUACGCCCGGGUGCUGGCGCUGCACCCGGAGGCGCCCGGCCUCUACAACUACCUGCCCUGGCAGUACGAGGCCGGCCAGGGCGGCCUCCUCUACUCGGCCGAGGUCGAGAUGCUGUGCGACCAGGCGUGGGGCAGCAUGCUGGAGGUGCCCGCCGGCUCCAGGCUCAACCUCACCGGCCUGGGCUACUUCUCGUGCCACUCCCACACCGUGGUCCAGGACUACUCCUAUUUCUUCUUCCUCAGGAUGGAUGAAAAUUAUAACCUCUUGCCUCAUGGAGUCAAUUUCCAAGAUGCCAUAUUUCCAGACACUCAAGAGAACAGAAGGAUGUUUUCCAGCCUUUUCCAGUUUUCGAACUGUUCCCAAGGGCAGCAGCUGGUGACUUUCUCCAGUGACUGGGAGAUCCAGGAAGACAAUAGG